CCUUACUAGCUCCUCUCCUCCGGGGCCAGAUUGAGCCGGGGCUGAUCUCAGGCAGACACGGACGGACUCCACAGCAGCUCCAGGAGCCCAGCUACCAGCAGCCAGAGAGAAGUGCCAGAAGCUUCCUGCAGCCAUGUCGGCCCUCAUUCUGCUCAUUCUGGGCCUGUUCACGGCAGUGCCACCCGCCAGCUGUCAACAAGGCCUGGGAAGCCUGCAGCCCUGGAUGCAGGGCCUAAUCGCUGUGGCCGUGUUCCUGGUCCUGGUGGCAAUCGCCUUUGCUGUCAACCGCUUCUGGUGCCAGGAAGAGCCGGAGCCCAUGAACAUGGUGACCGUUGGAAACAAGGCAGAUGGAAUCCUGGUAGGAACAGACGGAAGGUACUCCUCGAUGGCAGCCAGCUUCAGGUCCAACGAGCACGAGAAUGCCUAUGAGAAUGUCCCCGAAGAGGAGGGCAGGGUCCGGAGCACCCCCAUGUGACCCGCGCUUGCCUGUGGGCCCCAGCCCUGAGCCCAGGUGUCUGCGAUGGAUGUUCAACUCACCACCCAAGCUGCUCCUUCUCUGUGUGGGAAUCUGCAGUAAGGGGCCGACUCUUCCAACCCCACACUGCCACUGCGCACCUUCGCUGGAAUGGUCACCAGCCAAAGUCGGAGCUCAGGCUGUGCCCAGUGUUGGAGCUCAGCUAUGACCCUAUGGGGAAGCUAUGACUUCCUGGGAGGUCUCCCACCCAUUUCAAUUCAGAAGACCCUUCUGAAGAGGACAGUCAGCUCAUCACCUUCCCUGCCUCAUAUUGUCUCCCUCUCACCGUGCAAAUGGCUCUUAUUUCUGUGAAAUAAAGAUGUUUCGUACUUCCAGG